AUGAUAGAUAUAACAUUAACUCCUCCACCAUCAAUGAAUUCAUAUCACAAUCAAAACACUAAACGAAAAAACAAUGAAUUUCAAGAUGAUUAUAAAAAAAUAAAAAAUUUAACAACAGAAGAUUUAAUAAAUUCAAAUCCAGAAUGGCCACAAUUUAUACAUCCAGAUGGUGGGAUAUUAAAAAUAACUCCAUGGGGUUCAAUAAGACAAUAUGUUGAUUUAACAAGUGGUGAAACUAUAACAAAAUUUGAAGAUUGUAAUUUUGAAGAAUAUUCUUUUAAAUCUGAACAAGUUGAAAAAUUAUAUCAAACUCCAACUACUCCUCAAUCAAUAUAUAAUCAAUCAUUACAACAAACCUCACAUUCACAACAACCACCACAUCAGCAUCAGAAACCUCAAUUAAGUCAACAAAGUUCAAUGAAUUCAAUAAACACUUCCUCCCAUAAUUUUUAUAAUCAAUCACAAUCAAAUAUACAUUUAAGUCCAAGUCAUGAAGUUGAAAGUUAUGUAGUAGAUGGGUAUCAACAACAACAUGAUCAAAUUUUAGAUAAUGAAUUUCAAAUUGAACAUGAAAAUUAUUUUGGAAUGAAUUGA